AUGGAAACAGUAGUUGAUAUUGUGGGAAAUGAGGAAGCUAAAGUUGAAGAUAGUAUAGCCGCAUUAAAUAAGCUCAAUCCAACUUCCCAGCGAAAGAUUGCUGAUCCUGUAGUAUACCAGCUUGUUCGGGUUGAUGGAAAUGGGAGAUUAGUGCCUGCAACUGAGGAUGAAGUUAUGGCAGUAGAGGACUUGCUCGAAGAUGACAAGAGAGAAAAUAGAUUUGUUUCAAACUCUGGACAAACUGUGGAAUGCAAUACAAAUUGCGAGCAUGAUCUGGAUGAACUUCAGAUUAAAGCAUCAGAAGGUUUACCACUUGAUAAUGUAAAACUUGAUGCGGAAAUGUCGAAUGUGCGACCCAACCCUGAAGCUGAGUUUGAGAAAGUUAAUGUUCAACCUGAGCAAAGCGUUGCUCUGUUGGCUCCAACUGUAGAUCAUGGCAGUGUUUUCCAACAUGAGGGAUCCUCAAAAUCUUCUAAUGAAUUGGUCGAGAAUGAAACCUCCACUUCUGCCGUUGGCACUAGUUCAAAGCCUGAUUUUUCUAUGUUGAAAGGUGAGAUACACCUGGAUAAUCUUACAGUAAAAGAACUUCAGGAGACUUUCAAAGCAACUUUUGGAAGGGAAACUUCUGUCAAAGAUAAGCAAUGGCUCAAGAGGAGGAUAUUAAUGGGUUUGACCAAUUCAUGUGAUUUCUCAACCACAACUUUGGUGAUCAAAGACAAUGGAGUGGUAAAGAAAGGUAAAGAAGAUCCUGAAGUUGGAUCUUCGAGCGAGAACCGUGAAAGUUCACCAAAUUUCCACGAUAAAGAAAAGGAAAACCACUCAAAUGCUAGUGGCAUGGAAUCACAGAAUUAUCUGGUGGUGGGUAAUUAUGAAAGUGAAAAUACGAACACAGAACAACGAGCUACAAAAAGAGUCCGAAAGCCUACCAGACGAUAUAUUGAAGAACUUUCAGAAGGAGAAUCUAGGGAUUCUUGUGCAAAGUUAAUUUCCUCAGUUGGACACCAUGUGUAUAGUCAGCCAUCGACAAUCAUGCAUGUAACACCUGUUCAAAAAGUUGGAUUAGACGGAAGAUGGCUAAUAAGACGAGACUCGCUUGGAGGUUCUGGAGUUCAGGUUCCAUAUGUUUCUCGGAUUCGGCGGAGUCGUCCAAGGGAAAACUUUAUGACCCUCAUGCCUGUUACUUCAUCUGAUAAGCUGCACACUGAAAGGAAAGUUGAGCUGAAGAAGGAGAUGAAAAACUUGGAUUCGUUUGAGAAUUCAGAUGAUGACGUGGUAACUAUGCCUGCAGCAAAUGGAAGAAUGAGGAGGAAACAUCAUCGACCAUGGACUCUAAGCGAGGUUGUCAAGCUAGUUGAAGGGGUGGCCAAAUAUGGUGCUGGGAGAUGGUCUGAGAUUAAACGCCUUGCCUUCGCAUCGUAUUCUUAUCGAACUUCAGUUGACCUCAAGGACAAGUGGAGGAAUCUGCUGAGAGCUAGUUUUGCACAGUUGCCAGCUGAAAAGGGGAUGCAGAUGCAGAGUUCCCGUAAGCAUGCUUCAAUUCCUAUCCCUGCUCCAAUUCUGUUACAAGUAAGAGAACUGGCUGAAAUGCAAGCACAGGUUCCUCCGAGCUUCAGUGCAAGCAAGUUUGCUGGAGACACUGGUAGUGAUAGAAAUAGUGUGCAUGAAUAA